GUGCCCCCCCCCUCCGCCUCCUCGCCCAGCCAGCCGGCCUCGCCCGCCCGCUACGCGAGCCCGGGGAUCGGAGCGGCGCGCCAGGCCCCAGGUUCCCACAGAGAUUUUCUGGAAGAAGGGGCUGGGACCACAAGGUGACCGCUGGAAUGUCUGGCCUGCUUUGGUCUGAUGUGUCUCAAAGCAUGUCAGAGACCUGGUCCCAGCAGCCGCCACCCCCCCAGCAGCCCCCGCACCACGGGGCCACGGCCGCCCUUCCAGAGCACCCCAUCCCGCCCAGUGCGGUGACCGAGAACCCUUUGGGCUGUGCCGUCUAUGGUAUCCUCCUGCAGCCGGAGCCCAGCGGGUUGCAGCACCCACCCAUCCCUGCCAGCGGUGGAGGAGAGGCCUCUCCCAAAUGUGGGGUUUGUGGGCACGACCUGUCUCACCUCUCCAACCCCCAGGAGCACCAGUGCCUACAAGGCGGCCACGACCGCUCCUUCCAGUGCACUCAGUGCAUGAAGGUUUUUCACCAGGCCACGGACCUCCUGGAGCACCAGUGCCUGCAGGUGGAGCAGAAGCCCUUUGUCUGCGGUGUCUGCAAGAUGGGCUUCUCCCUGCUCACCUCGCUGGCCCAGCACCACAGUGUCCAUAAUGGCAACACGGCCGUCAAGUGCUCCAUCUGUGAAAAGACCUACAAGGCGGCCGCGGCGGCAGUGGCAGCUCCCGAGGAGCCGGCCCCCCCACAGCAGCCAGCGGCCCUCAACCGGGCCCCCGCGGAGAAGCCGUACAGCUGCUCCAUCUGCCAGAAGCCCUUCAAGCACCUCUCGGAGCUGUCGCGGCACGAGCGGGUGCACACCGGGGAGAAGCCCUACAAGUGCAGCCUGUGCGAGAAGAGCUUCAGCCAGUCCUCGCACCUGGUGCACCACAAGCGCACACACAGCGCCGAGCGGCCCUACAAGUGCACCGUGUGCGAGAAGGCCUUCAAGCACCGCUCCCACUUGGUGCGCCACAUGUAUGCUCACUCGGGCGAGGCCCACCUCUUCCGCUGCAACGUCUGCGAGUUGCACUUCAAAGAGUCCUCGGAGCUGCUGCAGCACCCCUGCACGCCCAGUGGCGAGCGGCCCUUCCGCUGUGCGGCUUGCCACAAGGCCUUCCGGCGGCCCUCGGACCUCCGGCAGCACGAGCGCACCCACAGCACGGAGCGCCCCUUUCAGUGCGACCUCUGCCCGAUGAGCUUCAAGCAGCAGUAUGCGCUCAUGCGCCACCGCCGCACUCACAAGGCCGUGGUCCCCGCCCCUCCUUCCGAGCAGGAGGCCGCCCCGCUGCCCUUCAAGUGCUCCCUGUGUGAGAAGGGCUUUGUGCAGCCAGCGCACCUGCUCUACCACCAGCACGUCCACGGCAUCGAGAAUCUCUUCAAGUGCAACGCCUGCCAGAAGGGCUUCAGCCAGUCCUCCGAGCUGCUGCGCCACCGCUGCGUGCAGAGCGCGGAGCGGCCCUUCAAGUGCACGGCCUGCAGCAAGGCCUACAAGCGGGCUUCCGCCUUGCAGAAGCACCAGCUGGCUUCGCACUGUGCCGAGAAGCCCCUCCGCUGCACCCUGUGCGAACGGCGCUUCUUCUCCUCCUCGGAGUUUGUGCAGCACCGCUGCGACCCUGCCCGCGAGAGGCCGCUGAAGUGCCCGGACUGCCAGAAGCGCUUCAAGUACGCCUCCGACCUGCAGCGCCACCGGCGUGUCCACACGGGGGAAAAGCCGUACAAGUGCCCCUCCUGUGAGAAGGCCUUCAAGCAGCGGGAGCACCUGAACAAGCACCACGGGGUCCACACCCGGGAGCAGCACUACAAGUGCAUGUGGUGUGGCGAGCGCUUCCUGGACCUGGGCCUGCUGCAGGAGCACAGCGCGCAGCACACCUCCACGGAAGGCACUUACACGGUGGCCCCCUGCCUGCCCUGAGCGGUGCCAAGCACAGCCCUCGUGCCCCAGCCCUUCGAUGGGCAAACACGGGCAGAGUAAACGAAGCUUCGGGGGCCGCACAAGGCCAAGGCUAUGGAAAGACUGGCUCUUGCAGCCUCGCCCUGCCACUGCGGUGCCCCUGUGUUUACGAAGCCAAGGGCUGACUCUGGAGUGAACGAGGGAGCAGGACGCUGGGAGCGGCUGAGGAUUAGGGAGGGCCGAGAAGGAGGGAGGGAGGGAGGCAUGCAUGCCAGGCUGGAAGGCCUCCUCUCACUCACUGCCGUGGUUUCUCCAUGCAGCAGAUGCUCCAGCCAGCAACCCUUAUAUGGUUGUUUUGGCUUCAGUCGCCUACAACCAUUGGGACUGGAUUUCCUCCACUCCAGCCCUUGGAAAUGCAGCCGGAAGGGCAUGGAGGAAAACUCAAUUUAUCUAUUUUAACGUAUUAUUAAAGCUAGAGCAUCCCCCCCCCCCCGCCAGCCUCCUCCUCCUACACCCUCCCCCCCUCCGUUGUGGUAUAAAUAGAUAGGCUUCUUCUCUGUGUAACCUCUGAGAAAUGUAAACAUUCAAGACAUGCAACUGAAGAGAGCUUGGACAGAAAACAUUCAUUAAAACUGCACUGACCUGUC